UCCGGUUAAGUUACUCACAAAUAAAACAGUCAAAGUGGGCGUAGGUGUAAAUACACGCCCUGACUACAGGAAUAGGAAUGUAACGCUGACAGAGGAGGUAACGGGACUCACUGUGUGGUGUGGUUAUAUGAGUUUUUUCUCUUUUUUUUAACGCGUUAACUCGGGUUAACGUCACUUCCAGCCGGGACCCCACAGCUCCAGCAGCGGCUCUCACAGUAACAUCAUCAUGGCAGCGGAGUGCGACGUGCUGUCUGAGAUCGAGGUGCUGCAGUCGAUCUACCUGGAUGACCUGCAGGUGAACAGGAGAGAGGACGGGUGCUGGGAGGUGAGCCUGGUCCUGUACCCGUCCACAGCCGAGGACUCAGUGUCCCAGUUUGUCCGACUCACCCUGACUUUGACCCUCGAUCAGCAGUAUCCCUCGUCCUCUCCAGCCAUCUCCAUUCACAACCCUCGGGGUCUGUCUGAUGACAAGCUGAGCAGUGUCCAGAAGUGUCUUCAGUUGGAGGCUCAGUCCUGUCUGGGUUCACCAGUCCUCUAUCAGCUCAUUGAGAAAGCAAAAGAAAUCUUGACUGAGAGUAAUAUUCCUCAUGGAAACUGUGUCAUUUGCCUCUAUGGAUUUAAGGAGGGAGAGACGUUCACUAAGACCAGCUGCUACCACUAUUUCCACUCCCACUGCCUCGGCCGCUACGUCAGCCACUCUGAGAGGGAGCUCCGCCAGAGGGAGAAGGAGUUAGAGGAGGACAAGACCAGAGAGAGAGCAGACUAUCAGGAGCUGACUGUGGUGUGUCCGGUGUGUAGAGAGCCUCUGCAGUACGACGUCCAUCAGCUUCUGUCGUCUCCUGCUCCUCAGCUGCCUGAGCUGGAUGAAGCAGCCAUUGGCUCCGAUUUCCAGCAGAAAUGGUGCAAACUGCAGAAGCUUCUGGACAGACAGAGGUCUAAAGGAGGGAUCAUCGACCCGGAGGUGGAAUCAAAUCGUUUCCUCAUCCACAUCAACGAGGCUCCAUCUGUUGCUGAAAAUGGAAAUCUGGAUGCAGAUCUCUCCCCCGGCCCUCCGCUGCCCUCUGCCUCUAACGUCCCCUCUGAUGGACCUGGUGUCAGAGCGGAUCAGUUCAGACCUGGACUGUCCCACUGCAGAGGGGGUCAGGGCCAGAGGCGUCAGAACCAGGUGAGGGAGCCGAGGAGAGGAGGUCGGUCCAGACCUCAGCACGGGAGAGCUGCCCCCGUCACAGAGCAGCUGGACAAACUGGCUCUGUCCUCGGACUGCAGCCGAAGGACCGAUCAGAGCCCCGGCUCAGGACGAGCAGGGAGGUCUGCACAGAGCAACGGGAGACGCAGGUUUCUCCAGACAGGUCCACCUGCGUACAAGUCCGCUUUGGAUCCUGAAUCCCUAAGAGACGCUGCAGAGUCUGCAGGAGGACGUGGUCACCGUGGAAGGAGAAGGGGCCCUCACCGGUCUGUCCCUCACAGCGGGGGUCCUGGUCCUGGACGGUACCACUGGGACGGCCGAGCUUCGAGAAGCAGGGGAGGGGCCAAUAACCUGUACGGCAGAGGAGGAGGGCCCCACCGGGGUCACGGCAGGGGCUUCCAACAGAAGGUGGUGGAGACAGAGAGGGAGAGGGAGGAGGUGCUAUGACAAAGGGCAACAGGAGGGCCAAUGAACAAAUGUAUGUGUGCCUCCAUUAUCAGUUUGCAUAGAUUAAAGCUCUGCAGCAGAAACGACAUGCACUGCAGUAUCCUAUCCUCCUGUCCGCCCCUCCCCUGGGCUCUGAUACGCCCUCUCAUGCACACUAAUAUCAGACGCCAGUGGUUGUUGUUUUUUGUUGUGAUGCAAUUUGACUUGAGAGAACCACAAAUUAAAUUUUCUCUGGAUGUCA